UUCCUAUUAUUUUGGUCUCGUUACUGUUUUUGGGGUUGAUAAAUUAGGGAAAUGAAGAAAGAAAAAAAAAAAAAUAUUGUGUGAGACUACAAUAUUAGGGAACUUCAAUUACUGUGUUUUUAGCUACUACAGAGCAGCUCAGUUCUUGCCACUCAUAAAGCGUCGCGAGUGUCGACUUCCAUAGUAAUUGUUGAUGGAACCAAACUGGCCAACAUCUAGUGACGGUUAUGCUGCUGAUAUAUCUUCCAUCAGGCAAGCUCAAGUACGCAUUGAGCCCUUUGCGCACAAAACUCCUGUCCUCACUUCAGAAACCUUAGAUUCUAUUGCUGGAAGAAAGCUGUACUUUAAAUGUGAAUGCUUUCAGAAGGGGGGAGCUUUUAAAUUCCGAGGGGCCUGCAAUGCUAUUUAUUCACUUGAUGAUGAUCAGGCCGUUAAUGGAGUUGUAACUCAUAGCAGUGGAAAUCAUGCUGCAGCUCUUGCGUUGGCUGCAAAGCUACGGGGCAUCCCUGCAUAUAUAGUUAUACCAAAAAAUGCUCCAAAAUGCAAAGUUGAGAAUGUCAAACGUUACGGUGGUCAGGUUAUCUGGAGUGAGCCAUCGAUGCACUCCCGAGAGGAUACUGCGAACAAGGUGUUGCAAGAUACUGGUGCUGUUCUUAUACAUCCCUAUAAUGACGGGCGCAUCAUAAGUGGGCAAGGUACAAUAUCACUGGAGCUUCUGGAACAGGCUUCAGAGAUUGACACUUUAAUAGUCCCAAUUAGCGGAGGUGGUCUGAUAUCGGGAGUUGCAUUGGCUGCCAAGGCCAUUAAUCCUGCCAUUCGCAUUUUGGCUGCCGAACCAAUGGGAGCAGAUGAUGCUUUCCAGUCGAAGGUCAACGGUAGGAUCACUAAGUUAUCUGAAGUCAACACUAUUGCCGAUGGGCUUCGAGCUUUUCUUGGAGAUCUCACAUGGUAAAGUCUUAGAACUCAUUCUACUCUAUAAAAUUGUGUGCCUAUUUGGAGCAUCUUUUUAGUCAAAGUCAAAGGUUCGUCAGUGGCAAGUUCGGCAUAAAUCAAUCUUUUAGAGAUCAUUUAAUCUUUUGGUUUAUUUAAUCUCUGUUGCUCGGACACUUAAAAAAUGCCAUUGGGUGCAUGUCGGAUCCUCUAACAGUCGUGCAUUUUUUGAGGACCCCACAUGGGUAAGACAAACAUUUUUUGAGAAUCCGAGCAACAUAGUAUUUAACCCUGCAUUGAAGAAGCCUCUUUGUCCCUUCUCCCCAAGUCCUUCUACCCGCUAAUUGUCAAUCAAGCGCCCUAUGGCUUUUUAUAUUUGGUGUGUUUUGGUAUGAUGGACGUCAUUUUCUAUAGGAAAUGUUUUCCUGGAAAAUGUUUUCAGGGUUUGGUUACAACAACAACAUACCCAGUGAAAUCCCACGGUGUGGGGUCUGGGGAGGGUAAAGUGUACACAGACCUUACCUCCAUCUCAGAAGAUAGAGAGGCUGUUUUCAGGGUUUGGUUAUUGAAUGGAAAGUGUUUUCACGGAAAAAGAAAUUAAAAAUUAGUUAUAAUAUUGGCAACUUGGAGAGUGUUCCGGUCAAGAUCAAUAAUAAUGUCAAAGUGUUCAUUGGAGCAAGUAAUAUAUGAAGUUAAAAGUCA